AUGACGGACCCUGCGCCUGGUGCAGGCGAUGACACCCAUCAUGAACCUCAAGACCGAGAUAUAGCUGCCACCUCUGUCUCCUCAGCGCCCACCGGCUCGAGCCCCCCACAAGCCACCGAAGUUCGGCCCAUCGCCGAAGACGCAGGAGGGAGCAGAGGCGGUGCUGAGCCUGAGCAGUCCACAGAAGAUGAGGGCCAGUCAGAGGAAGGUGACAGCGAGGAGGAGGAGGAAGAGUCUGAGGAGAGCGAAGAAGACGACGAGGACGAGGAUGAUGACGACGACGAAGAUGAAGAGCCGCGCCUCAAGUAUGCCAGGCUGACCCAGCAUCUGGGCGGUGUCUACAAGAACGCAGAUGCGACGAGCUCGUUCCUCGUGGCAGGGGACAAGAUGGUCGUAGGCACUCAUAACGGGAACAUCCAUGUCAUCCAACUGCCUGCCUUCCAAUCCCUCCGAGUUUACCAUGCGCACUCCGCCUCUGUCACUAGUGUCUCCCUUUCGCCAUUUCCUCCGCCCCUGAACCCCAUCAAGCCUGAGGUUGCCGCUCGAGCGAUAGCCGCUGCAGUCGGGGGCCCUUCUUCUCGCCCAGAGUCGAGGCAGUCGGGGGCCAGCUCUGCCGCUACAGCGAGAAAGGCUCGAGAACCGAACCCCGUCCCAAAUGUGCCCUCAAACAAUAUCUUCAUCGCCACCUCUUCCAUGGACGGCAAUGUCUGCGUCCAGUCUCUCAUAGACGUCAAGGAUGUGCAGUUGAGGAACUUUGCGAGGCCCGUGCAAUCUGUCGCCUUAUCUCCUGACUUCAAGAAUGAUCGCACAUACCUCUCUGGGGGCACUGCUGGCAGCCUUGUACUCACUGUCGGGGCACCGUCAGGGCGAAGCACAUCUACAACGGUCGGGACAGCUGCGGCCACAGCAUCUGGCUGGUUAGGGACUAUGGGCCUGGGAUCCAACACUGGCAAGGACACCGUGCUGCAUUCCGGGGAAGGGAUCAUUAGCACCAUCAAGUACUCCUUAUCCGGGAAAUUUGUCGUAUGGCUCAAUGAGCAUGGCAUCAAGAUCAUGCGGUCAAGCUUACACCUGGAGACCGAUGAUCCCGAGGAUGCGUGGAAGCGGAUCGGCCACAUCGAUCGACCGCAAACAGACGAGUGGGAGACCAUGGCGGGUGUGUGGAAGGGCCGCGUCGAAUGGAUCGACGAGACCGCCGUCCCCGCUGCUGAUGGGGAGAAGGAGGCGGACGAAGUCGCCGCGCCUUCACCUACCGCCGAGAAGCUUAAGCUCCGCCUGAACAAGGAAAAGAAGGACGUGGAGAGGCUCCUGGUUGGAUGGGGCGGCACAAUCUGGAUCAUUCACGUCCACCCGGGCGGCGUUGGCGUCGGAAAGGAUGCAGGGGAAAAGACUUUAGGGCGGGCAGAAAUCGUAAGAAUUCUACGCAUGGACUGCAUCAUUUCCGGAAUCUCGCUUUACACUCAGAGCCUCUUGCUGGUCCUAGCAUAUCCCUUGGCCAACGAAGAAGAAGACGACGAGCAUCACAAAGGGAAGAAGGCUGUCAAGGGCCAUAAACCUCAGCCAUCGACGAGCUCCGGUAGGAGUGAACCGUCCGGCGGCGUCAGACGGCGCCAGAACAAUUCCCCGCCAGAGCUUCGGCUCAUUGACCUUGUCUCACAAGCCGAGAUUGACAAGGACAGCCUCAGCAUCAGCCGCUUUGAGAGAUUGACGUCGAACGACUAUCACCUGGGCGUACUGCCGCAACACACAGCAUCUGCUGUGGUUGCCUCCAAAGGCUAUCUUGAGGCUAUGGCCGGCUUGGGCGUAGAUAUGUGGAACGUCGCCAUGAUGCCGGGCAAGGCUCUCUUCAGCUCCGCCGCCAGCAUACGGAGCGGACAUAGCAAUGACGGAGCAUCCGUCUCCAGGGUGGGCACCGGCAGCACUGCCGGUAGUGUGCGGCCAUACACGCAGCGCCUAACCCCGCAAACUGUCCACCCAAGUCUUGCCAAGCCCGGUACCAAGAUAUUUGUCCAUAGUCCAUAUGACUGUAUCCUGGCUUCGAAGCGCGAUCUCGCUGACCACCUUGCGUGGAUAUUGGAGCGCCAUGAGUAUGAGCGCGCCUGGGAACUGGUCGAUGAGAACCCAGAAAUCGUUGGUCCCGCAGACAACACCGACCUGGGCUCGCCUUUGACACCAAUCCGAUCCCAUCCGACGCAGAGCAGUGAUGACUUCUACGAAGAUUCCGCAUCUACACUUGAUGGAUUGGCCAGGAACCUUCUGGCUGAUAAAGAGAAGCGGCGCAUUGGCGAACUGUGGCUCCAACAGCUUGUCGAGGCGAGCAAGUGGGAGAGGGCUGGCCAAGUUGCUGGCAAAGUCCUUACCUCGUCUGAUCGCUGGGAAAAGUGGGUCUACAUCUUUGCAGGGGCUAACAAAUUCGACGAAAUCACCAACUAUAUUCCUAUCGAGCCGAUGCGGCCGCCCAUUCCUUCCACGAUAUACGAGGUCGUGCUGAAUCACUAUGUACAGAACGACAAACUGCGAUUCAAGGAUCUGCUUGACAGGUGGAGCCCAGAUUUGUUUGAUGUCAACACCAUCACGACCGCUCUUGAGAAUCAGCUCAAGUACCGCGACGUCAGACCGGACACGUACCAAGAUGGGGUCAGGGGCAGAGACUGGAGUCUUGUCAUGGGAUGUCUUGCAAAGCUAUGUGAAUCCAACGGACGUCAUAGAGAGGCGCUCCGCUGUUACAUCAAGCUGCAAGAUGCCGACUCGGCCAUGCGGCUCAUCAAAGAAAGACAUCUUGCCGACGCUGUAGCAGAUGACAUCCCGAGCUUUGUCACCUUGCGCAUCCCCCCGGGCAAGGAGGACAGCAUGUCCAUGGGAGAGCUCGAGCAAGCGACGAGCGAGGCUAUUACGCUCCUUGUUGAUGAAGCUCAGCAUGGCCUUGUCCGGCCAGAGGUUGUGGUAUCGCAGCUGAGGGAGAAAGAGCUGAACAUUCACCUAUUCUUCUACCUUCGAGCCCUGUUCAAAGGCGAGGGUAUUCAAGAGCACCUGGGGGAAAAUCGUGAUCGGGUCAUGAUGGAAAGCCAGACCCUAGUAGAUGAAUUCGCAGACUUGGCGGUCCACCUCUUCGCAAAGUUCGACCAGUCCAUACUAAUGACCUUCCUCAAGACGUCCACGUCGUACGCGUUUGAAAAGGCCGUACAAGAAUGCGAGGACCACAACUAUGUUCCUGAGCUCGUGUACCUGUAUUCCAAGACAGGCCAGAUGAAACGCGCUCUGUAUCUCAUAAUAGACCGACUUGGCGACGUUUCCCGCGCGAUCGCCUUCGCCAAGGACCUUGAUGACCCUGACCUGUGGGAGGAUCUACUCAGGUACAGCAUGGAUAAGCCUCGGUUCAUCCGUGGUCUGCUGGAGGAGGUCGGCACGGCGAUCAACCCCAUCACACUGGUUAGACGCAUUCCAGAGGGCCUGGAGAUCGAGGGCCUGAGAGAAGGCCUCAAGCAUAUCAUGAAGGAGCAUGAAAUCCAGUACUCGAUCAGCGAGGGUGUAGCGAGAGUGAUGAGAAGCGAGGUGGCGGCUGCUCAGGCAACGCUGCGGAGUGGCCAAAGGAAGGGGAUCAAAUUCGAAGUGGUCGUGAAGCAAGAAGACCACAUCGACGUGGAGGCGAAGGAUGUCCCAUCUGACCAAGUUUCGGUGCAUUCCGGCAGCAACGUGCCGCCGCCCGCGACAAAUGGUGACAAAGUGGCCGAUGAUGCUCAAACAAUCACUGAACAUGAGCCACUCCAAAAACCGGCCAAGAAGUGGAAUGCCGGCCACUGUGCCGCAUCGCAGUGCCUGGAACCAUUCUCGCAGUGGGAGACAGAGACACUUGUUGGCUUUGCCUGCGGGCACGUCUAUCAUCUCACCCACCUGCUCGAAGUGCUACACCCUGACGACCCACUCCUGCACGAUGUGGCGGACUUUGCACAGAAUUAUGAGGAUGACGAGGGCCGCAGCAGGCGGAGGACGAUUGGAACCAAGGUCACACACGCGAGGCAGAAGUAUUACUGGGUACAGGGGCAGAAGAUCCGGGACUCUGCUGCUCAUGAUAUCCUGCCGACCCCUGCUAGCCGCUGCAACGCUGCUGCAACGCUGCUGCACCGGCUGGGGUCCAGAGUCGAGACUGCGGGCCAAGCUCGACGGCGGCUCCCGGCAAAUUGGCGAUACCACUGCAUCUACGACGCUAAUCAUGCUUCUCUUGACUUCAUCUCUUCUUCCCUUCGACGCCCGUCUUCCUCUUAUCCGUCCGCAACGGCCACACGGCACGAGCGCGAGACAUCCCUCGCCACCUCCGACGGCCUGACCCCGCUGCUCCCACCGACCAUGAAGGACGACUACGUCGACGUCGCCGCCGCCGAGGCACCGGCGGCGUCCUCAGCCGGUGUCUUCCUCUCUCAGGACGAAGCCGACAUGGUGCGGCUCGGCAAGGCGCAGCAGUUCAAGCGCAACUUCUCCUUCUGGUCGACCUUUGGCUUCGUGUCCAUCUACAUGGCGACGUGGGAGUUCGUCAUCGUAUCCAUGUCGCCGUCCAUCGCCACCACGGGCUACGGCGGCUUCUUCUGGACCUUCAUCGGCUCCGUCCUCUGCUACUCCACCGUCGUGCUCUCGCUCGCCGAGAUGUCCAGCAUGAGCCCCACCGCCGGCGGCCAGUACCACUGGGUGUCCGAGUUCGCGCCCGCCGGCUGGCAGAAGCAGGCUAGCUAUGCGUCCGGGUGGAUGUCUAGCCUGGGGUGGAUCGCCAGCCUGGCGGGCGGCGUCUACGUGUGCGCCGAUCUGGUCCGCGUCUGCGUCAGUAUCUCGUACCCGGACCUGGUGCUCACCAGUUGGCAGAUCUUCCUUGUCCUCCUGGCGCUGUUCAUACUGACCAUUGUGUUGAACACGCUGGGGACGCGGGUGCUGCCGACCCUUGAGGUGGUAAGUUUGAUUGGGCACACCGUGGGCUUUGUGGUGUUUAUCGGCGUACUAUGGGCCAUGUGUCGGCCCUUGAAUGGGAGUAAGGAGGUAUUUCUGGACUUUGAGAACAACGGUGGCUGGUCCAACUUUGGAACGGUGUGUCUGCUCAACCAAGUCUCAAUUGUCUGGUCGAUGUUAGGGUCGGAUACCAUUGUUCACAUCUCUGAGGAAGUCCGCGACGCGUCUUUAACUGUUCCCCGAGUCAUGUGGUAUUCCUAUGCGUUCAACACCUUCUUCAUGGGAUUUAUCAUGGUUCUGACGAUGCUCUACGCCAUCGGACCAAUCGACUCCAUUCUCGAGGCCGACCUGCCCUAUCUGAACCUCUUCUCGGCAACAGGAAGCGCUGGCGUCGCUUUAUUUCUAGCCGUCCUCUUAUUUAUACUCAUCUACGCCGGAAAUGUCACCGCGCUUGCCACGACGUCACGCGAGGUCUGGGCUUUCGCAAGAGAUCGCGGCUUUCCAUUUUCCGCCUGGAUCUCACGUAUGAACCACAAAUACGACAUGCCCUUCAACUCAAUCUACCUGUCCUCCCUCGUCGCCCUUCUACUCUGCCUCAUCACCCUCGGCUCCGACACCGCCUUCAAUACCAUCAUCUCCGUCUCCCUGCUAGCUCUCAUGUCGACCUACAUGCUCUCCAUCGGCUGCGUGCUCCUGAAGCGCAUCCAGGGGGGCCAGUUGCCCCCGGCGAGGUGGAGCCUCGGGCGUUUGGGCGUGCCCAUCAACGCCUUUGCCGUUGGCUACUCUGCCUUCAUCGUCGUCCUCAGCUGCAUGCCGUACUCGAAUCCUACCACAGUCGCCGAUGCGAAUUGGGCGCCUGCCAUCUGGGUCGCGGUGAUAUUGAUAAGUGUGGUGGCGUAUGUUUUCCAUGGCAGGGUAAAGUACACGCCACCGGUGAUCUUCGUUGAGGGAAAGAGGCCGCAUGGCGAACAAUUGCAGAAGGUGCCAUGA